CCUAACAAUUAUCCAAAUCUCAUCCGUGGAACUAUGGGCGAAGAAGGCAAGAUUAUCGAUUUUGAGUCCGGGAGGCUGACACUCUUGUUCUGGAACAUGGAUGACUACCCAAUCCCUGUUGGUACUAGCGAUGAUCUUGGUGCUGUUAGUAGCAAUAUGUUUGAAGCUCUUCAUCAAAUGGGCUUUCGUGGGUAUAUGAGAAUGCAAGUGUAUUCUGAGCAGCAACGCGAGAGCUACGAUAAAGACUGGUGGAUGAAGAGCCUUAUCAGUUACGUACCCAAAUGUAAGUCAUAUUCGGCUGAUUUUUACAAAUUGCCGGAUAUCACUCUCGAUAUCAUUACUUUGACAUCAAGUGUGGGACCAGGACCAUCAAAUGUGGCCUUAAUCGCAAAGCCAAAUGGGGAGUUACUUAGGGUUCUGCGGUGUUUGAAAUCGAGGGGUCACGAUGUUCUCGUCAUAGACACCCCGCCUUGUUGUCCUCCUCUCUUUAGUGUAGAAUCUCUACUUGAGCAUGCACGACUUUUAGAUGGAGCAAAGCCUAGAUUCAAAGCUUUGUUAUCUGAUUAUAUGUAUUUGGAUGAUAUCGACGAAAAGGAUGUAGAGAUCCAAGAAGAUCUCUCCAAGACGGUAGAUUUCUCCGAGCGCAUCCCAACCGUCAAAGGGAUUAGGACAGCCGUCUUCUGGGAUGCCGUGGAUUGCCCAUUCCCUCUUUCUUCCUCUCCUGAUGAGAUCUACCACUCUAUCUCAUCAGCUCUUGUGGAAAGGGGUUCUAGUGAUAAGAUUACAAUCUGGGCCUAUCUUGAUGAUGAUGACAAGAAAGUUUCACUGGGUGGUAACAAGGAGUGGGCUUCCAGAAUCCACUUUCUUCCCGGAGGGGAUUCUAGACGUAAUCGAAUGUUAAAUGACAUUUAUUUAUGGGUAAGGGACUCUCCCAGGUCGAACAGGAGGUCUUGUGAUACUAAUUUGCUCAUAUUCUCCGAUCAGUUCCAUGAUGACGCCUACUUCACCGAUGUGCUUCAACAAUUGAGUAAAAAAGUUUACAGGCUUCUCUUAGUCACUCCCACUCAGGACAUCAACGAACCAGCAAGCCCUGCAUGGCCAGGAUUGCUUAUAGAUGAAGGAGCAUACUGUUUUCGUGGCACCUGAGUGGUCGUGUUGGGUCUGGGCUGUUACCUGAAUUGCUUGCCUCACCAGAAGAAAUGGUUACUGCGGUGAUUUUGUAUCAAAUAAUAAAAAAAAACUAUGUUUUAUUUUCGUUUCUAGCUUACAAAGCUAAAUGCCUAUGAUUUUCUUUUUAACUUUUCAUUUGAACCUAAGACUUAUUGUAUCUUUUUUAUGUUAUGUUUUAUUUUCGUUUCUA